AUGACAAGCAUUCUACUCCAAGCCGGCACCGUCCUAACCCAUCAAGGCGACCGCGUCAAGGUCCUCCGGGACCACGAUGUGCUUAUCGUUGGGAACAAGAUAAAAGCCAUCGGCCGCGGACUCACGCUCCGCGAUGGGACCACUGACCGUGUCAUCGACUGUCGCGGCAAAAUCAUCUCACCCGGUUUCAUCGACACGCAUCAUCAUCUCUGGCAGUCGCAGAUGCGCGGCCGCUUCGGCAACGUGGGAUUCAUGGACUACAUGGUCGCCGGCAAUAUCCAGUCCUUCAACUAUACGCCCCAGGAUAUCUUCUUGGGCCAGCUUGCGGGGUGUCAGGAGAGUCUUUAUUCGGGGGUUACAACUGUCGUUGAUCAUGCGCAUAUGACGUAUUCACCGGGGCAUGCUACCGAAGCAAUUCGCGCCUCGGCUUCAUCUGGUCUACGGACAUUCUUCUGCUACACGCCCGUCUGGCGAAUCAAGAAGUGGGUUUCCGAUGAGGCGGUCGAGUACGAUGAGGAGCUUCUUCCAGAGUGGUGGUUCUCAACACUCGAGUCGCUCGCAAAGGCAGCGCCGUUUGGGAAUGGCCGUGUUAAGCUUGGAUUGGGAUUCGAUGCGUUUAGUCUCCCCAAGGAGGUCGUUCAGGAUCUCUGGGCCAGAUGUCGAUCUCUAGGCGUCAGCCUCUUCACCACGCACUACGUGGCGAAGCAUAUGAAGAACUCAAUUGCUCUCCUAAAAGAAUACGGCCUUCUCGAUCAUACAACCCUCUUUUCACACAUCAAUGGAAUCUCCCCCUCCGACGCCCAAACCCUCCUCACACACGGCGCCCACUUCUCCUCGACACCCGAAACAGAACUCCAAAUGGGCCUCGGCGAGCCCGUCGCUUUCAAUCCGGAUCUCAAAUGCAUCGGUUCGAUUGGCAUCGAUUGCCACGCGAAUAAUUCUGCAGACAUCCUCACCCAGCUCCGGCUUGGUAUGCAGCAUGCCCGUGGGGCGGAGAAUGCGCGUGCGAUUGCGGAGGGGGAGUAUCCGAGUGUGAAGAUCAAGCUUGAGGAGGUGUUUAAUCUGGGUACGGUGCAGGGUGCGCGUGCGGUCGGUAUGGGCGCAGAGAUUGGGAGUGUCGAGGUGGGGAAGCUGGCUGAUAUUGUUGUUUUCGAUGCGGCGAGUCCGAAUAUGGUCUGUGCGGCAGAGGAGGAUCCGCUUGCUGCGGUGUUGUUGCAUGCGAAUGUGGGUGAUGUCGAGAUGGUGAUUGUGGAUGGGGUUGUGAGGAAAGAAGCGGGGAGGCUGGUUGAUGUGGGGAUUGAUGGCGAGGUGGGUGAGGUUCUGAGCCAGAGGGAGGCCGCAAGGAGGCUUCUGGAAAGUCGGGAGAGGAUUAUUGGGCGUGCGGCAGGACAGGAUGCUGGCAGAGGAAUGGAGUUCUUGUAUAAGACUUUUGGGUGAUUCUGCCUAUGCGCCACCAUCAUCAGCCCCCAAGGGAUGUCCUUUGUAGGAUAGGAUAUGAUAAUUCAAA